AGGCCACCGAGGAGUACAUGAAGGCGCAAGGAACCGAGCCCAUCACCUUCAAGAAGGGCAUGAUGGUCCAGAGCAAGCCGGGCCCCAAGGACCAGUUCGACUAAGAGUCAAAGCGCAGAUGCAAAUGCAAGCAAUACCAUCAGCACGCCUAUAUUUCCUCUCCUUGGGUCAAUAUUUCCUUUGGUACUGUUUGUGUAUGCCGUUUCUCAUCAAGAUGGAAAGGGUCGCGGGCCCCGUGGGAGCAUCAACAUCUCGCUGCUUGGUCGGCCAUUGUCACAUUAGUCUCCAUGUACCAAAUAUCAAAGAGACCAUUUUCAUGUUUGCUCACUCGGCGCGCCUUUGCUUUCGUCUGAACAGGUUGGGUAUGUUGCUCACACUUGCUCUCUCAACAUGUCCAAUGAAUGCCCUUCACUAUCUCUCAACGGAUCCAUAUUCCUCCUGACUAUCAGGAUAUCGUUGCAUCCAUCACAGAUGAUGCCUAGUUAUGUCUCCCAUGACCUUUGCGCUCUCACCCUCCACAUUGCCCUCUAAUCUAUUGGUUCGGCGGUUACCGCUACCAGCCAGAAUACCUACGCAUACCGAUCCCGAACUC